AUGAAAGCAAGAGGCGAAGCGGCGGUCUCUUGCAGCCUCUCCAUCGGCGAUCCCAACUCGAAGUUCUUCUCUUCAAACCAAGAGACCAAACACGAAUGUGAGCUUUUCAAGGAGAACGUCAGAUCUCCAAAUAGAGGACGCAAUGUAAAUCUUCUCAACCACGCUUUAAAUCUCACACCGACUACCAAUUAA